AUGCUACAGUGUGACUUUACGAUCAGCUUCAACAUGCUACAGUGUGACUUUACGAUCAGCUUCAACAUGCUACAGUCCAAGCAGCUGAUCAGGGACCUGCUGAAGACCGAGCCCACACAGAGGAUGACCAUCACAGAGUUCAUGAACCAUCCAUGGAUCAACCAGUCGAUGGAGGUUCCCCAGAUUCCUCUCCACACCAGGCGAGUUCUGAUCGAGGAGAAAGAUGCCUGGGAGGACCUCAGGGAGGAGAUGAAUAGCGCCUUAGCGACCAUGAGAGUGGACUAUGAGCAAGUCAAAAUCAAGACCAUCGAGGAGUCCUCCAAUCCCCUUCUGAUGAAGAGGAGGAAGAAAAUACAGUCCUCAGCCAAUCACACAGUCCCAGACACACAGACACCUGCCCUAUGAGACGUGCACACACACACACACACACACACACACAC